ACAAUGCCCAGCGUUACCACCAUCACUUUCUUCUUACUCCUAACCCUUGCCAUAUCCAUUCAGUUCUUUAUCUCUUCGCCCAUGACUAGUUCCGCUAACAUAUCGUGGGCCGAGGGUCCUUGUAAGCUAAUCGCAACGCCGCAGUUUGGGACGAACAAGGACGGCAUCUUUACAACCGGAGCAACGCACAUGGCACACAUCCACAACGCCAUACUGCGAGGGUACAACACUAUAUAUCUGCAAGCUCCUCAUGUUCGAGAAGUAGAUAAAACAGCGUUCGUCGGGUACGCACAAACAUGGUAUCGCUUCAUCAAGAGCCACCACGACGAUGAGGAAGCGGAGUUGUUCCCCAAGGUAGAAGACAUGUUAAGAUCCAAAGAUAUCUGGAAAGAGACACAUGAAGAACACGAAUCUUUUCUUAGCGGCCUAGCAAGCUACAACACCUACCUGAAUUCCCUCUCUUCCCCGCAGUAUUUCAACGGAAAAGAGCUUGUAAGCAUUAUGGACUCGUUUCAAACCGCCUUCAUGCAUCACUUCCACCACGAGAUCAGCACAAUAGCUGCUUUCGCAGACCACCCCUCCGCUCCAGCACCAAACACCCCAGAAGCAGAACUCGCCGCGACUGUUUUCAAAGCAUGGGGUAAGAAGACUGUUACUAAAGCAGGAACUUUUGAUGUCGUACCAUUCUUCCUAAUGAACCUGGAUGCUACAUUUGAGGACGGCAGAUGGGCAAACUGGCCUCCGAUGCCGGCGCCGGUGAGAUGGGGGCUGGUCAAUGUAGCCGGUAGUGUCCACUGGACGUGGUGGAAAUUCUCUAGUUGUGAUGGUGGAGGAAGGCCAAAGGAGUUGUAUGCGUUAGAGCGGGAAGAUGAGGAGUGAAUUUAUUGGCUUUCAUGGCUCUGCAAGGAUACGAACACGUUCAAUAAUGCAAUCGAAAGAUCGAUAGUAAGUCCCUGAAGUGUUUGCUGAAGUUUCGAAUCCCACGUUGUUCAGCUAGGAUGCCAUGAAUUCUGGCAAGCUGCGUUGAGAGUUGUGGUAUUCGAGUUCAGUAUUGUCUAAGGUUUAUUUUUAACACCAAGGCUGUAUUAUGCUCUUCCAACCUUGAAGCUCAAAAUAUCGUUCUUUCCUACAGCAACAACAUCGUCUUCUGCAACUCUUCUCCCGCCCUCGGUUUCCACAUAUGCCAUGGGUGCAUCACCCAUGACCUUCCGGUAC